AUGGCACAAGCACAACUAGCAACACUCGAGACCUUCCUCAAAGAUCAUCCAGGGAUCAAGUACACGCCGCCUUCUUCCCCGGAGUAUGCAUCAAACAGAAAAGUUUGGAACCAUGCUCGUCGGGACAAUCCGCUCGCAAUUGUCCGUCCAGAGUCGGUCGAGCAAGUCAGCGCCCUUGUGAAAUUUUCCCGAUCAAAUGGAAUCAAAUUCACUAUCCGAGGAGGUGGUCACAAUCUCCAAGGUCGCGCGAUAGCCGAGGGCGCACUAACAAUUGACAUGCGGGCAUUUACAUCCGUCAAAGUCGCUAGUGAUGGCAAAACCGCAACUGUAGGUGCAGGCAUCCUGCAAGAGGAGCUAGCUAAAAGCCUAUGGAAGGAAGGACUCGCAACACCUACAGGCACUAUCCCGACAGUUGGCUACGUGGGAUGGGCCAUGUAUGGAGGGUAUGGUCCAUUUUCAUCUAACUGGGGCCUGGGGGUAGACCAGAUUGUCGCUGCCACUAUUGUUGAUGCUAGUGGUGAGAUUGUCAAAGCCGAUGAUGGCUUGCUGAAAGGAAUACGUGGCGCAGGAGGAGUUUUCGGAAUCAUUCUGGAUGUCUCAAUCAGGGUUUAUUCCUUGAAAAGUAUUCUUGCUGGCGUGAUCAUAUAUGAUUCGCAAAAUAUCGGUAAAGCGAUAACAGAUUACAACGCAUCAUAUCGAGAACUCUCAAAGGACGGUAUUCCGUCGCAGCUUACUCUUCAACAAGUUGCCUUCAAUGCACCGCCUGGAAGAGUGUUCGGUGUAAGCUUCAUGUGGAGUUCCGAAGAUACAGAAGAGGGCCAGCGUUGGAGUAAAAGGAUUGCGUCUCUGGGCAAAGUACUUAUGAAUACUAUCUCAGCGACAACGAUCCCGGCAUGGUUUUCUGCGAAUGGGGCUCACGUUCCACAGGUUGUUUAUGGCUCGAGUCGCACUCAAAAUUUGUAUGAAUUGACUCCAGAAUUAGUGGAAACCAUUGGCAAGAAUCUGGAAAAGUUGCCGUCUGAUCAUGGAACCAUGUUUUCGAUCCAUCAAUCCAGUGUUUCUUCUGCAACGCCUCAGAGUAACUCUGUAUUCGCAUCAAGGGAGCCUCAUUUCAUGCUUGAGAUUCUGGGUUAUGCAACGCAGGAAAAUUACGAGCUAUCAGAACAGUGGGCUGUCGAUUUUUGGAAGGAUGUCCAGAAAACUGAUAAUAAAAAUCUCCUUGGCAGCACUUAUAUUUCUUUGGACACUUCGGAAGAGAAACCGUCUCAGCCUGAUACACUUAGCAGGUUUUUUGGCUGUCAUGCUGAUGAGAUCAUUGAGCUGAAGAAGAAAUAUGACCCCCAAAACGUGUUCGACUUGACUGUUCCUCGGUUAAAGCAUUUUAUGUAG